CCAACAUGUUAUGUCAACUCUGCCGCGAGAUCUUCUCCAAACCCUGGAACCCUGAAGCCCAAGACCACCAUUUCCAUGCCUUCGAGAUGGAAAUGGCCGCGGCUGAAAUCUGCCACAUAUGCCACGUGUUGUGGAAAGCGAUUUCUGACCAGCCGCCCCGACAGCCAGAAGAGUGUCAGAACGGGGUCAGCAUUGAGCCUGCGGCCGAUCUGAAGCCAAUCUCCCAGUAUUAUAUUUUCCGCGAGUCGCCCACUAGCCAGAAUAUCACCGAGUUGAAAUUCAUGGUUGAUAAGGACGGUGUCACUGACGGGGGACGGGGGUUUAACUUUUCCCUGCAACAGAUGAAAGAAACCGACCCUUGCCCUGACCCCAGCACUCUCUCCACCCCCGAGCCCAACGACUGGUCCCACAGCCUCCAGGCAGCGAAAAGGUGGUUCGACACCUGCCUGGAAACGCACAGUCGAUGCCGAACGCCCCCUUUGUCCGGCUGUACCCCCACACGCCUAAUCCGAAUCGACCACCCGGGCCCUAAUCAAAUCAGCCUCUGGCUAAACCCACAUGCAGAAACGCAGCACGGACUGCGAUACGCAACCCUCAGCCACUGCUGGGGAAGUCCAAAAAUCUCGCACACCUCCCGCCUGACAUCCGCCUCGCUCGCGACACUCCAAAACGGCAUCAAGAUCUCCGAACUCGACCACGUCGCCCGGGACGCGGUCUCCACCGCCCGUCUGCUCGGCCUCUCGCUCCUUUGGGUCGAUUCCCUCUGCAUAUUACAGGACUCGCACGAGGACUGGCUCCAUGAAGCGCCGCGCAUGAGCUACAUCUACGGUGGAGCGGUGAUCAAUCUUGCUGCCAGCGUGGCUGCCCAUAGUGACAUGAGUUGUUUUCCUCCACGAGACAACAACACAUUAUCCUCUCUGCAGCCCUGCAUUGUGCGACCACCCUGGAAUAACAAUGGCAACGAACAUGGCCCCCUUACCACUCCCUACCGCCUCUACCAUAACGACUUCUGGUCCGACACCUUCACAGCCAUGCCCCUCAUGACCCGAGCUUGGGUCGUCCAAGAGCUCCUUCUUGCCCCACGGCUUCUCCAUCUCUGCGGAUCCCAGUUAUUCUGGGAAUGCGGCGAGCUCAGUGCCUGCGAGAUCUUCCCCCACGGCAUUCCACCCAAUAACAGUCCGCGAUGGAUGACCAGAUCCACCAUCUGGGACGCGCUGGCUCUCUCCCAAAGCCCUCACAUGAUGGGAGGAGGAGAUUCUCGCCGUGCAACAUCCCGUAAGCUCUGGACGAGUAUCGUGGCUCAAUACACGGAAAGCGAGCUGACCUUCUCGACUGACAAGCUCGUUGCGAUAUCUGGGGUUGCGAGAAUUAUGGAGCAUGCGCUGGACGACAAUUAUUGUGCGGGGCUGUGGAGGAAGACGCUGGUUACGGAUCUGGGGUGGCGGAGAGCUAGUGCUGGGGCUAGGGGCUGGGGUGAUGCAGGGAUGAGACCGAGUCCGUAUCGCGCGCCGUCGUGGUCUUGGGCGAGUUUGGAUGGUCGGGUUAGCCUGGGCUAUCGCGAUUAUGGUGUUGAGAAUGUGGGUCGAGAGGAGCAGGAGGAAGAUCUAGAGCCACUGGUGGAGAUUCUGACAUGUGAGAUUGAGACUGCGACUAACGACCCCUUCGGCCCUGUCACAGGUGGCAAUCUCAGACUCGAAUGUCUGCUCGCGACAAUCGAAGUCCAUGAGGAUGAAGGCGAAUUCCGUUUCCUUUUCAACAACACAUGGCAUGUCAACCCCGGACGCAUCUUCCUCACCCUCGACUGCACCCCCUCCACCCACAAACUCCACUGUGUGCCACUAUACGUGACCAAAACACAGUCUCAGUCCCCGUCCCCCGGCUGGGCGAUGUCUUUACUCCUCCUAGAGCCGACGGGGGAAACCAGAGGUCAAUUCAGACGGGUGGGCGGGAUGACUGUGUUCUCGGGGGCACUGGGGAUGGAAGACUGGGCUGCGUUUGGGGAUGUGAGCAAGGAGGGGUGGAUGGAGUAUGAGGACCUGGAUAUGAAGAUUGAGGAAGGGAGGUAUUGGAUUUCGGUUGUGUAGAUCCACGGAUGAGUGGGUGCUUGGGGGGUGGGCUUACGUCCGAAGGAAGGCACGACCCUGAAAGGGAAAGGACUGCCCAACAGCCACUGGAGGAAGGAACGAUCCUACAACCCGAAAAGGGAAGACAUGACCCAGCAGUCCUAAACAGGAAGUAAUGAUCUAU